UUUUUGAAAUUUAAUAAAGCUUUCUAUAUAUAUAUAUAUAAGAGACCAUGAGAAUCCUGCUUGAAAAAUGAGUUACUGUUUUAGGCAAGUUCUAAAGUGCCUAUCUUUUUAAUGACAGUAGUUGACCAUUAAAAGAUUUAUAUAUAAAAAGUACUUAAAAUCAUUUGAAACAGCAGCAUAUAUAAAAAGGGGGGCUGAAGAGAAAUUAUUACAUACCGUAGCUCUAACAUUACUCCAUCAAUAUUGUCUCUGUCAUAUUAUAUUUUCCAUUAUGUGCACUAUUAAGAAAUCUAAUUUUGUCACUAGGUUACAGAAUACAUUGCGAUCUCAAGGAAGAAAUACUUUGGCUAAGAUUUUUCUAAUAUGUCCUUGGUAUUAUUGCUUACAUUUUUUGUUUUGUUUUUUUAAGAGAAAAAAAUGGAAACUUGUCUUUUCAAUUCACAUUUUGGGAAGAAGAAAAAGCAUUUAUUAAUAUAUCUUUGUUUCCUUGAGUAGUAAUUUCAGUCCUUAAUUUAAGAAUAUUUUUCCUGUGACUUGAUCACACAAAUUCAGAUUUUUGAGCAAACCCCUAUCAUGAAAUUCAAUCAGAAUAGAGCUGGAAGGGACCUUGAAGGUCUUCAGCCCACUGCUCAGGCAGGAGACCCUAUACCAUUUCAAAAGGAGUUCUUUUCCCGAUAGGUAUACCAUGCAAAUUUACACCAGUCUAUUGUUUUCUUCCAGGGGGAUAGUAACCCUUUGUUAUCAAAGCGCCCCUGACGGGAAUUCGAGAUAUAUCGUAGGCUAAGAAUCGCAACUUUAGAGGAACCUCUGCAGAUAUUCAAAACAGGAUGGGCUCAUGGCGAAUAGCUUAAUUACACCCAUGCUUAACGUGAGAGUCUUAUCGUUUAUGUAGGAUUUGGAAAAGCAGAACUCCGUCCUCUCGUAUCUGACAGGAACAAUGGAUAAGAAAUGCUGAGCCAGGUCGGAAACAAAUCGCAUGGGCCAUCAACGGGAAAUGUUCCACAGCUCUAGCCAGCAGAGCUUCAGCCUUCAUUCAGGUCGUUUUUCUGAGCGAAACGGAAGAUUUCCUCCGUUCCUCAUCACCUCAAAUUAGUGGCGGGCUCUGAAACGCGCAUGCGCGUCGGGUCGGCCGCUUUUUUUUUUCUCUUUUCUUUUCUCUUUUCCCCUAGUGUCACGCGCUUGCGCAUCGGGUAGCCGUGGCCGGGCGAGAGCGGCAGUCGUAUACGGGAAAAGGCGGUUGGCUGAGCCGCCGCCUUAACAGCUGUUUCUCUAUGAAUCCGGAAGCGCGUCAGCAUGCGCGGAAAAGGGCGCGUGGAGCCCGAGCGGCCGUUCGCUUUCGGCGUCGGAGAAAGGCCGCCGAAAUGUCGGUGUCCACCGCGUGUGCUCUGUCGCGGCCAGGGAGGCAGGAGCCGCCGCCACCGCGGGUCAAGGCGAUGCGCGGGGACAGCCGGGAGAGCGAGGAAGACGAAGAACAGGCGGAGCCGCCCAGACGGGAUGGAGAAGCAGCGGCAGAGAACACCCUGUGCGAGCGGGACUCUCUGCCGCAGUUGGCGACCACGAAGUUGGACGGGAAAGAGGAGGAGAAGCAGGAACGGGAGCACUUCCGGAGAAUUAUCAAUGCCUUCCGUUACUAUGGAAUUAAUAUGCAUGAAAGAGUGACUCGUGCGGAGAGACAAUUUAGAACACUUCCAGCCAUUCAACAGAAAUUGUUACCUCAGUUUCUCCCUCAUCUUGACAAGAUUCGAAAAUGUGUUGACCACAAUCAAGGGAUCUUGCAGUCUGUUGUGAAUGACUGUACCCGAAUGUUUGAAAAUAGAGAAUAUGAUGGUGAUGGAAAUGGAAAGAUUACACCAGCUUCAACUUUUGACAUGGAUAAAUUAAAAUCCACUCUGAAACAAUUUGUAAGAGAUUGGAGUGAAACUGGGAAACCUGAGAGAGAUUCUUGCUAUCAGCCUAUCAUUAAUGAAAUUGUAAAGAACUUUCCAAAAGACAGAUGGGAUCUCUCCAGAAUAAAUGUCCUGGUCCCGGGUGCUGGGCUAGGUAGAUUGGCCUGGGAAAUAGCUAUGCUUGGUUACACUUGCCAAGGAAAUGAAUGGAGCCUCUUUAUGCUCUUUUCUUCUAAUUUUGUACUGAACAGAUGCUGUGAAACUAAUUCAUGUAAAUUAUAUCCCUGGAUUCACCAGUUUAGCAAUAACAAGAGAUCUGCUGAUCAAAUACAGCCAAUUUAUUUCCCAGAUGUUGACCCUCACAGUCUUCCUCCUGGUGCCAACUUUUCUAUGACAGCAGGCGAUUUUCGAGAAAUCUACUCUGAGAGUAAUAUAUGGGACUGCAUAGCAACCUGUUUCUUCAUUGACACGGCACACAAUGUCAUUGAUUACAUUGAUACAAUAUGGAAAAUACUUAAACCAGGAGGAAUAUGGAUCAAUUUAGGUCCUCUUCUUUAUCAUUUUGAAAAUUUAGCAAAUGAAUUAUCUAUUGAAUUGAGCUAUGAGGAUAUAAAAAAUGUAAUAUUACAAUAUGGAUUCCAUAUUGAGAUGGAGAAUGAAUCUGUUUUGACAACAUACACUGUGAAUGAAUUAUCUAUGAUGAAAUACUAUUAUGAAUGUGUGAUGUUUGUGGUUAGGAAACCAGAAAGCAGUAUCUGAAACAGACUGUCCAAAAAGAAAAUUGCUGGCAUUUUUGUUAACAAUGUUAGCAGAACAUGAAGUGGCCUGUAAGGGAUGACUGGACCCAGCCUCUUAUUAGUGGUGCCUUUUUAUUCCUAACAGAAUGUAACUAUCAUUAUUUUUUACACUACUUAACAAUAUCCAAACAUGCAUUUCUGCAUUAUUUAUAUUUGGGUUAUUAAUGUGGAAUUCAAAUAUUUAUGUAUCUGCUCUUUCCGUUUUUAUUUAAUGUAAUUUUGGAAAGAUUGAUAUUUUAAUACAUUAUUGACAUUCAUGGUUCUCUGUAAUAUACAGAAAUGUCUACUACAUUUGUAUGAAAGAAACACUCCUGGAUACAAAACUGAAUCCCCUACCCACAGACAUAUUGCUUAGAAAACAAAUAGAAAUCUCAAAGUAUUUUGAUCAGUAUUUUAGAGAUUUUUCUAAAAGGGUCUCCCCCUCCCCGCAAUGAAUUGCAAAUACUUAAAAAAGCAUCAUGUGAAUGUGGCUGUUUACAUCUCAAAACUUUAGAAAAAGUCAGAAAACCUUUGUAAAAAAAAUCCUCACGUUUGUCCUCAUAAGAAUUUUAUACACAAAAUUUAUUGAUACAUAGAGCUGCAAUCAAUAUUGGUUUUGCUCAUACCAUGUUGAACAUAUGGAUAAAUAGUUUGAAACACUGAUAUAUGGAAGCUAUUACUAUAAAUGUACUACUUGUCUAAAUGAGACUGUAGGUAAGUUUUAUAAUAUUUUGUCACAAAUUCCAAAAUGAAGAUCUGGAAGCAUUCCUAAAAGAUGUCUGGCAUUGAUUCAUAUUGUCAUUGAAAGCAUUAUUUUUUCAUAAGUUGAUACGUGGUAAAACCAAAUUAUUUUAAGACAGUGCUAUUGGUAAUUGUGCUGAACUACCCCACAUUAUGAUAUACUGACACAUGUACACGAACAAACUGGAUAAUUAUGUUUUGAAAAAUGUACUAUCAAUCCUAGAUCUCAUGAUGUAAUUUAUUGGAAUCUGUCAUAAUUCUGAACUAAUUACCAUAUGAUGCCUUUACAAUGCAUAACUUGAGCACCAGCUCUGUUCAGAUUUAUGCAUCACUCACUGCCAUGAAUUCUAGUUAUUUAAGUGCAGUUUAUGCAAGAUCUCUUUAAAAUUAAUCCUAUAUAAAUUUAUGGAAAUUAAUAUACCAUCUCAAAACAAAGAAGUUAGGCAUUAUUUACACUUAAUAUAUUGAUUUAGCUUGCAGAUAUACUAGUCCAAAAUGCUUCCAGUGAAUUGAGCUAAGAAGAUAUAAUCUAGGACACGUGACUGGCUUUUGAAAUACAAAGUGCAAGAGAAUCAAGAUUUAUGUUUUCUCUUAUGCCACUAAGGCCUAGCUAACUAUAUGUGUCCUUUUUCAAGUCAAAAGGUUAAAGAAUAAUUUUGCUUCCUGCUGUACUUGAACUAGAAAUAGAAUAUAUUGCUCUAUGAGCAAUGUUGUUAAUUAAACUCAAAAUUCAAAUUGACUUGUUAAGUUCCUUGGCUCAAUAUAAACUGCAGAAUAUGAAACCUUUGUGCUUUUUAAAUAGAUAUUUUAAGGAAAACUGAAUUCCCAUAUUAGAGCAACUUGUAGCCAUUCUGUUACCCCCAAUAACUCAUGUAGAUAUAUGUUCAAAGUUGCCUUUCAGUGCAAACUUACCUGAGAGUAAGUUCAUUGAAGUAGGUGGGGUUAAUUUCUCAGUGGAUAUUGGAUUGUUCUAUUGAUAUUUUUCUCCUAUCUUUGCUAAAUGCAGAACACAAUUACUGUGUCUACUUCUAUCCUAGAAAAUGUUCUUUUAUAACUUAAAUUGUCUGAAACUACUUUGGAACUAAUGUAAUUUAUGCAUCAAUGCUCAAAUAAUUUUUAUUGUACAUCAAGUGUCUUAAGUUCAUUAAAUUUAUUUGCUUUUUACAUUUUUGUUAAAAUUGUAAGUAUUAACCCUUUUAAGUCAUUAAAUUAACAUUUUCUUUCCAUUUUUUUUUCAUUCCCAAUUUGAAA